GCCAAAUGAUUAUCAGCAGGCAAGUAUGGCUGGACCCAACUUAUUCCUCUUAAACUUGUGUAAUUUGCACACUCAGCCUCUCCUCACACACGACUUGCCCACUACUAGAUUUCCUGACAUGAGUGACUCCACCCCUCUCCUUGCUGAUGUGGAAGGUGUCGAUUCGCAAGGAUCCAGUCUCAAGACCGCCGAUGCGACCUCCCAGACCGGCAAACCCGCGUUUAAGUUCGAUGCCAGGACGGUCCUGAUACUGGCGUCUCUCGUCGUGGUCGAAGUCAUCUGGACGUUGUUCAUCGUAAUGAUGGCCGCUGCAAGCUGCCCCAAUAUCCUUAUGAUAUUGAGCGUCAUUCUCUCGGUGCCUACCGCUCUGUUCUUGGGUCUGCUUUUAUACGCUGGACGCCGGCAUCCUAUCGCGACACAACUCAAUCAGGGUCCAUUCUCUUUAUCUUUGAGACGGAACAUCGACCAAAUUUACGUCCUGGUCUUUUUCGGGUCGUUCUGGCUGGUCCUGGCGAUUGUCAUGUCAAUAUUCUGGGUUCCGUUUAGCGUUCCGCUCUUUGCCAUCGUAGCUCUGUUGUACGGCGCUGCCUUCGCAACUUACAAACGGGCUAUCAAGCUGCACGGACGUGAUGUUGAGGUUGUGAAGAUUGUUCAUGUCACAGUCUCCAAGUGGAAGAUCGCAGAUGUGGGCGGCUACGAGGAGGGCAUGAUCCAGAUUUGAGCGCACGUGAUCGCGUUUCCGACGUGACGGACUCGGAUAGGUGACCAACAACCUCAUCCAGUCUCCAGUGUCUCUCGCUCUUCCUAUAAAUCUGUUGUACAAGCAAUUUAUGCUUUACCGCUUCAAAUUCC